AUGUGGCAGGAGGCGAUGCGGCGGCGCCGCUACCUGCGGGACCGCGCCGAGGCGGCGGCGGGCGGCGGAGACGGGCCGCACAGGUCCCGGGACUGGCUCUACGAGUCUUACUACCGCAUGAGCCAGCAGCACCCGCUCAUCGUCUUCCUGCUGCUCAUCGUCAUGGGCGCCUGCCUUGCCCUGCUCGCCGUCUUCUUCGCGCUCCGCCUGGAAGUUGAAGACCACGUGGCAUUUUUAAUCACAGUGCCGACUGCCCUGGCGAUUUUCUUUGCAAUCUUCAUCCUGGUGUGCAUCGAGUCGGUGUUUAAGAAGCUGCUACGCGUCUUCUCUUUGGUGAUAUGGAUCUGUCUCGUGGCCAUGGGCUACUUGUUCAUGUGUUUCGGGGGCACCGUCUCUCCCUGGGACCAGGUCUCCUUCUUCCUCUUCAUCAUCUUCGUGGUGUACACCAUGCUGCCCUUCAACAUGCGGGAUGCCAUCAUCGCCAGCGUGCUCACCUCCUCUUCUCACACCGUUGUGCUGAGCGUCUGCCUGUCUGCAUCGCCGGGGGCUGAGGAGCACCUGGUCUGGCAGAUCCUGGCCAAUGUGAUCAUCUUCAUCUGUGGGAACCUGGCGGGGGCGUACCAUAAGCACCUCAUGGAGCUUGCCCUGCAGCAGACGUAUCAGGACACGUGCAACUGCAUCAAGUCCCGGAUCAAGUUGGAAUUUGAAAAACGUCAACAGGAGCGGCUCCUGCUGUCCUUGCUGCCGGCACACAUAGCCAUGGAGAUGAAAGCUGAGAUCAUCCAGAGGCUGCAGGGCCCCAAAGCCGGCCAGAUGGAGAACACCAACAACUUCCACAACCUCUACGUCAAGCGGCACACCAACGUCAGUAUCCUUUACGCGGACAUUGUUGGGUUCACCCGUCUGGCCAGUGACUGCUCGCCUGGAGAACUCGUCCACAUGCUGAAUGAACUCUUUGGAAAGUUCGAUCAAAUUGCAAAGGAGAAUGAAUGCAUGAGAAUAAAAAUUUUAGGAGACUGCUACUACUGUGUGUCCGGACUGCCUAUAUCUCUCCCUAACCAUGCCAAGAAUUGUGUGAAAAUGGGACUGGAUAUGUGUGAAGCCAUAAAGAAAGUGAGGGACGCCACCGGAGUGGACAUCAACAUGCGCGUGGGGGUGCACUCUGGGAACGUCCUCUGCGGCGUGAUCGGGCUGCAGAAGUGGCAGUACGACGUGUGGUCACAUGACGUCACCCUGGCCAAUCACAUGGAAGCCGGAGGGGUCCCCGGACGUGUUCACAUUUCUUCUGUUACCCUGCAACACUUGAAUGGAGCUUACAAAGUGGAAGAAGGUGAUGGUGACAUCAGAGACCCGUAUUUAAAGCAGCACUUAGUGAAAACUUACUUUGUAAUCAACCCCAAGGUCAAGCGGCGGAGCCCUCAGCACCUCUUCAGACCUCGACACACGCUUGACGGAGCGAAGAUGAGGGCUUCGGUCCGCAUGACCCGGUACCUGGAGUCCUGGGGGGCGGCCAAGCCCUUCGCACACCUGCACCACAGAGACAGCAUGACCACCGAGAACGGCAAGAUCAGCACCACGGAUGUACCAAUGGGUCAGCAUAAUUUUCAAAAUCGCACCUUAAGAACCAAGUCACAAAAGAAAAGAUUUGAAGAGGAAUUAAAUGAAAGGAUGAUUCAAGCAAUUGAUGGAAUCAAUGCACAAAAGCAAUGGCUCAAGUCCGAAGACAUUCAGAGAAUCUCAUUGCUUUUCUACAAUAAAAUAUUAGAAAAAGAAUACCGAGCCACCGCGCUGCCGGCCUUCAAGUAUUACGUGACUUGCGCUUGCCUCAUCUUCUUCUGCAUCUUUAUCGUGCAGGUUCUGGUCUUACCCAAAACGUCCAUUCUCGGGAUUUCCUUUGGAGCUGCGUUUCUCUCGCUUGCCUUUAUCCUUUUCGUCUGCUUUGCUGGACAGCUUUUGCAAUGCAGCAAGAAAGCAUCUGCUUCUCUCCUGUGGCUUUUGAAGUCAUCAGGCAUCAUCGCCAACCAGCCCUGGCCUCGGAUCUCCCUGACGGUCAUCACCACAGCCAUCAUAUUGACCAUGGCCGUGUUCAAUAUGUUUUUCCUGAGUGACUCAGAGGAAACAAUUCUUCCGACUGCCAACGUGUCCAACAUGAGUCUUUCUGCCGCAAGUAACCAGGCAGCAAUUCUGCGUGCACAAAAUUUGUUUUUCCUGCCGUACUUUAUAUACAGCUGCAUCCUGGGGCUGAUCUCCUGUUCCGUCUUCCUGCGUGUGAAUUAUGAGCUGAAGAUGCUGCUCAUGAUGGCAGCCUUGGUGGGCUACAACACCAUCUUCCUCCACACUCACGCUCCCCUCCUGGACGACUACAGCCAGGUCCUGUUCGAGAGACCAGGCAUUUGGAAAGACCUAAAGACCAUGGGCUCAGUAUCUCUCUUUAUAUUUUUCAUCACACUGCUUGUUCUGGGCAGACAGAAUGAAUAUUACUGUAGGUUAGACUUCUUAUGGAAGAACAAGUUCAAAAAAGAGCGGGAGGAGAUAGAAACCAUGGAGAACUUGAACCGAGUGCUGCUGGAGAACGUGCUUCCUGCGCACGUGGCUGAGCACUUUCUGGCGCGGAGCCUGAAGAAUGAGGAGUUAUACCACCAGUCCUAUGACUGCGUCUGCGUCAUGUUUGCCUCCAUUCCUGAUUUCAAAGAAUUCUAUACAGAAUCAGACGUGAACAAGGAGGGCUUGGAAUGCCUUCGGCUCCUGAAUGAGAUCAUUGCCGACUUUGAUGAUCUGCUCUCCAAGCCGAAGUUCAGUGGCGUUGAAAAGAUCAAGACCAUCGGCAGCACGUACAUGGCAGCGACGGGUCUGAGCGCGGUGCCCAGCCAGGAGCACACCCAGGAGCCGGAGAGGCAGUACAUGCACAUUGGCACCAUGGUGGAGUUUGCGUUUGCCCUGGUGGGGAAGCUGGACGCCAUCAACAAGCACUCCUUCAAUGACUUCAAGUUACGAGUAGGUAUUAACCAUGGCCCUGUCAUAGCUGGUGUGAUUGGAGCUCAGAAGCCACAGUAUGACAUCUGGGGCAACACCGUCAACGUGGCCAGCAGGAUGGACAGCACCGGAGUCCUGGACAAAAUCCAGGUGACAGAGGAGACGAGCGUCAUCCUCCAGACCCUGGGCUACACGUGCACGUGUCGGGGAAUCAUCAACGUGAAAGGAAAGGGGGACCUGAAGACCUACUUCGUCAACACGGAGAUGUCACGGUCCCUUUCUCAGAGCAACCUGACCUCCUGA